GGGGAGGAGUGGAAUGGCAUGGCCUUCAUCCCAGGAGUCCGGGCUUGCUCAUACUCUUAUCUCCAGAGGUGAGUGGGCCUCAGCCUACCAGCUGAAUCAAAAUGAAUUCAAUGUUCUGGGCCUCCUGGGAAAGCUCUCUUCUGCUUAGAGGACAGGAAGAGUACAUCAGGGUCCUGGGAAAAUGAAGAGUGACCAGCCCACCAGUCCAGAGAGGGAGUGAAAAAAGGGGUGGAUGACUAGUGUUUGUUGCCAGUCUGGGAGAUUUCAGUGUGUCUUGGCUGAGGAGGUCCUUGGCUGGUGAAAAAACCUGGCUUGAUGUGGCCCCAGGGAAGUGAGUUGGGCUGGGGGCGGAGACUGCUCUGAUGUGAGAAGCAGAGCAGAAAGAUAUUUUUUCCCUUUGGGAAUUUUUAACUCUAUUUGAACCAUACAUUUGAUACCACCACCCCCCCCAAGCCAUUUAAAAAAGACCUGUUUACUUCCCAUUCUGCACCAGUUUCAGUGUCCCUGUUUGUGAAAAGAGAAAAAUCAGGCACUUAGAAUACCCAUCUCCUGGCAGGUUGUGAGGGUCACAGAAGGUAACAACUUAGAGUCAGAUGAGGGAGGGGGUUGAAGUAGUUUGGUAAUGGGAUUAUUUUGUUAUCAAAUCUUUUCUGUUUGCUAAGACCUCCCAACCCACAUUGUUCCUCAAAGACCCUUCUACCAAAAGGAUUUCUAAAAAUUGUCCUCUCCAAAUUUCCAUAUACCCACAGACGCUGCUCACCCACCCACCCACCACUAGUUCCCCAAAGCUGCCACGCAGCUAGUUGGGAAAGACAAGGGAGAGGGCCCCUCCGGGAGGGGCAAGCCAGAGGGGUGGCGUCUCUAAGGCUUAUAACCUCCUACCUCGGCCACUUGACGCCACCCCCUCCCUCCAAAGACUGGGACAGUGCCUCCAUUUUUGUUUUGGGGCGGAAGGGCAGGGGCUCCGGAGUAGAAAGGGUCAAAGGAAACAGCGAUCAACACCUGCGAAAGCAAAGGGGGUGCUGUCCUCCCUCCUUCCCUUUCCCUGGGUCUGCACCCCCUGAACCCCCUUCCACCUUCUCGAGCCCCCCCCCCUUGUUGCUAAGGCCUGGACCGUCAUCCCAGCAACAGCCUCAGUCAUGUGACCGGCAAUGGCGGCGCUGACAAGAGUCUUGGUCAGCUGAGUGUAGAAAUAGAGGGAUUUCUGCUGCCACCAUCUUCCAUGGGCUUUCCAGGUCACACAACCUACAAGUAGGGAGCAGGGAAAGAGAGUGAGCCUGCAUGCCAAUUCUAAGCUCUUCAGGAUCAAAUGUCGUUCGUCCUGUCCAGAAUGGCAGCCUGUGGAGGCACCUGCAAGAACAAAGUGACUGUCUCCAAGCCUGUGUGGGACUUCCUAAGCAAGGAGACUCCAGCCCGGCUGGCCCGGCUUCGGGAGGAGCACCGAGUGUCCAUCCUCAUAGAUGGCGAGACUUCUGACAUCUAUGUUCUCCAGCUUUCCCCACAGGGUCCUCCCCCAGCCCCUCCCAAUGGGCUCUACCUGGCCCGAAAGGCUCUCAAGGGGCUGCUAAAAGAGGUCGAGAAAGAGCUGAAGAAAGCUCAGAGGCAGGGGGAGCUUAUGGGCUGCCUGGCUUUGGGUGGUGGUGGGGAACACCCUGAGCUGCACCGCCCAGGGCCACCCCCUCUCCGAGCAGCCCCGAUCCUGCCCCCAGGGGCACGGGGGCUCCCCCCUCCCCCUCCCCCUUUGCCCCCUCCUCUUCCUCCCCGCCUUCGGGAGGAGGCAGAAGAGCAGGAGAGCACCUGCCCCAUCUGCCUGGGGGAGAUCCAGAAUGCCAAGACAUUGGAGAAAUGCCGGCACUCGUUCUGUGAGGGCUGCAUCACCCGGGCCCUGCAGGUGAAGAAGGCCUGCCCCAUGUGCGGCCGCUUCUAUGGGCAGCUGGUGGGCAACCAGCCCCAGAAUGGACGGAUGCUGGUCUCCAAGGAUGCCACCCUCCUCCUGCCCAGCUACGAGAAGUACGGCACCAUUGUCAUCCAGUACGUCUUCCCGCCCGGUGUCCAGGGGGCUGAACACCCAAACCCAGGAGUUCGGUACCCUGGCACCACACGGGUAGCCUACCUCCCAGACUGCCCUGAGGGCAACAAGGUGCUGACCCUGUUCCGAAAGGCAUUUGACCAGCGUCUCACCUUCACUAUCGGCACGUCCAUGACCACAGGGAGACCAAAUGUCAUCACCUGGAACGACAUUCACCACAAGACCAGCUGCACAGGGGGACCCCAGCUGUUUGGGUACCCGGACCCCACCUAUCUGACCCGUGUGCAAGAGGAACUGAGAGCCAAGGGUAUCACAGAUGACUGAAGGACAUCCCUUUUGCCACCUUGCUGUCCUCCUCUACUAGGACCCAGUGGAAGCCUCUGUUCUCCUCUCCCCCUGCCCUCCACACCACACAAGUAGGGGACCUGUCUGACAAGGAGGGAGUUCAGAGGGGAAGGGACAAUCCCUUUCCCUGUCUCCUGUUGGCCAAGUGCUUCAGUGCCCUGUGAGCCACUCCCUUCUGGCAGAGGCUGGUCUCCAAGCUCUGCUCCCUGCUCCCCUGUACAUACUCCCAGUUCCCCUGCCCCCCCUUUGCCCUGGCUUUUUCUGGUAUGUGCUGUGCUCCACUGACUAAGCUGAGAAAGGACCUGGGUGGGCAGGAUCAGGUCUCUCGAACCCCCACCCCCACAUACUGCUCCACUAUGGACUUAUGUGACACCUCCUCUCCUAGGAGCCAGCUGUGGUGUGUUCAUAAGAUACAGUUCUCCUACCUUAAUCUUGUCCUUUCUCUCCUGUGUCUCUGUCUCUGUCAGUCUGUCUUUUUCCUAUCUUCUCUGGCCCCUAUACAGAGAUCUCCUUACUCUGUUCUGGAAUCACCGCCAGACUGUAGCUUUUAAUUUAAUAAAAAUAAAGUAAAAUAUGCAACUCUC